AUGGCCAUAAACACUCUCUCCACAAUCUCCCUCACACUCCGUUCCCCCUCUUAUCCUUCACCCACACCAAAACCCACUUUCCUCCACUUCCCAUCCACUAAACCCACCCACUGUCUCACCUACUUCCGUCCCAUCUUCGCCGUGUCCACCCCAGAAAAGAUCGAAAAGCUUUGCGCCCAAAUCUCCUCCCUCACUCUCGAAGAAGCCAAGAGCUUGGUCGACUACCUCCAAAAAAAGCUCAACAUCUCCCCCGCCUCCUUCGCCCGAAUAGCUGCCACUGUCACUGGAGCUGACGUGGGGCCCACCGUUGUCCAAGAGAAGACUGAGUUCGAAGUGGUUAUCGAGGAUGUCCCCAGCAGUUCGAGGAUUUCGGUGAUUAAGGUGGUGAGGGCGUUGACGAGCUUUGCUUUGAAGGAGGCUAAGAAGUUGAUUGAAGGGUUGCUUAAGAAGUUUAAGGAAGGGGUUUCUAAAGAUGAGGCUGAAGAGGCCAAGAAGCAACUUGAGGAAGCUGGGGCUAAGAUUGCUAUUGUGUAAUUUGAUUUGAUUUUUGGGUUUCUAAUGGUCAAUUUGUGUUUUUGGGUUUAGUUUGUAGUUGGGUUUUGGUGGUACAGUGAAAUGUGAUGGUUGUUCAUGAAUGAUUUUUGCAAAUUUAGUGGUUUUUUUGUUGUUGCACUCCUUGUGUUUGUUGUAAUGCCACAGAAAAUGUGAGAGACAGAGAGGAGCUUGUGAAAUGAAAGUGCAUUUUAUAGA